AAACAUUAACCUUUUGAAUAGUUUGUGAAAUUGAAAAAUGGGAUCUGGGUGGUCGGAAGAGCAGCCCCAGGCUGCACAGCCACCGCAGCAGCCAGCCACGGUUAGCGCCGCCUUAAGAAGCAACGAGCACGACAGCGGCAACUCGAGUAAUAAUCAUUUCAAGGAAGAAAAAGAGAAGAUGGUGAAAGGUAAAUUAGGAGAAGUAAAGCUUGGCCAUGGCUUUGAAGAUAUUUUGAAAGAUGCAGACUUGCCAGUGGAUAGGUCCUCCUUGGAUAAGCUUCAUGAACAACUCUAUGCUGGGAUCUUCUUGAACAAACGAACUAAGAAAUAUUGGUUAGAUAAGAAGUUGAAGAGUAACUGUUUCAUGUUAUUUCCAAGAGCUCUCUCAAUAACUUGGGCUGAAGAGAAUAAGUAUUGGAGAUGGAAAUCCAUGGAAGAAUCCAGUAAUACUAUCGAAGUCAUCGAGCUUUUGAACGUAUGUUGGCUUGAAAUCCAUGGAAAGAUGAAGACAUGUGAGCUCUCACCCGGAAUUUUGUAUGAAGCCGCGUUUGAGGUAAUGAUCAAAGAGCCAGCCUACGGAUGGGAUAUUCCAGUCAACAUUAGGCUUAAGAAGCCAGAUGGGAGCAAGCAAGAGCGUAAAGAGAAUUUAGAACAAAGGCCUCGAGGGCAGUGGGUUGAGAUUCCGAUCUGCGAUUUUGUCGUCCAUGAUCACGAGAGAGGUGGUGAGAUCGAGUUCAGCAUGUAUGAAUAUGAAGGAGGGAUGUGGAAGAAAGGGAUGCUCCUAAAAGGUGUUGUGAUUCGAUCAAAGGGGUCCAUUUGAAAAAUACUCGCUACUCCCAAAUUCAAAGGACCUGUAAUUUAGCUAAAGGAAUGAGUGUGGCACAUAAAGUUUUGGAAAUGAUAAAAUGCAAAUGGAUAAAGUCAUAGCGUUUGAAAAGAUAAGUAUAGCUUUCUUGUAACGAACCCAACUUCUUUUUAAAUAAUUGAUUGUGCUUGUUACUCAUGCAUACUAAGAGUCUAAGACCAAAAAUAUUCAAAUUUACUAAAAUUCUAAA